AUGGGCACAAACACAGGCACAGACACGGGCACGGACACAGACACGGGCACGGGCAUGGGCACAGACACGGGCACGGGUACAGACAUGGGCACGGGUACAGACACAGGCACGGGCAUGACCAUGGGCAUGGGCAUAGACACAGGCACCGACACGGGCAUGGCCAUGGACACGGGCACAGGCACGGACAUGGGCAUGGCCAUGGGCAUGGCCAUGGGCACAGGCACGGACACGGGCAUGGCCAUGGGCACAGACAUGGCCAUGGGCAUGGCCAUGGGCACGGCGCGCACGGCCGCCCCUCAGUGCCGCAGACCUGGCGCCGCACAGUGA